AUGAGGCUUCCGUCGCCAUCGUGGGACCACGGAUAUGAUCUUCGCCGCCCGUCAACUUCAGGACUGAAGCAGGGAUGCGUGCUGGAGCCAACCCUCUUCAGACUUAUGUGCUCUGCCAUGCUGAUGGACGCCUACCGCGACAAACGCCCCGGGAUCCGCAUCGCCUACAGAACGGACGGUCGUCUGCUGAAUCAAGGGCGCAUAAACUUGCAAUCGCGCGCAUCCACAACCACCGUCCACGAACUUCUCUUCGUCGACGACUGCGCCCUGAACACCACCUCGGAAGACGAGAUGCAACGCAGCAUGGACCUAUUCACAGCCGCCUGCGAGAACUUUGUGCUGGUCAUUAAAAGGCAGAAGACGGUGGUGAUGCACCAACCGCCACCCAACUCAGUCACAGCACCCAACGCGCCGCCCCAAAUCAGCGUGAACGGAACCCAACUGCAAGUGGUGGAGAACUUCCCGUACCUGGGCAGUACCCUCUCCCGCAACACCAAGAUUGACGACGAAGUCGCCAACAGGAUCUCGAAAGCCAGUCAAGCCUUCGGUCGCCUCCAAAGCACAGUUUGCAAUCGCCACGGACUUCAGCUGAGCACGAAGUGGAAGAUGUACAAGGCCGUUAUCCUGCCGACGUUACUUUAUGGAGCAGACACCUGGACGGUGUACACGAGGCGGGCACGCCGUCUGAACCACUUCCACCUCAGCUGUCUUCGUCGCAUCCUGCGGCUGAACUGGCAGGAUCGCAUCCCCGACACUCAUGCGCUGGAACGAACGGGAAUGCUCAGCAUCUACUCCAUGUUGAGACAAAUGCAGCUGCGCUGGAGCGGCCACCUGGUGCGCAUGGACGACGAGCGACUACCAAAACGACUCUUCUACGGAGACGUCGCGACGGGUUCUCGUCUUCAUGGAGGCCCAAUUCGUCGAGACAAGGAUACCCUGAAGUCCUCCCUUAAGCUACUGCAAAUCAACACGGCCAACUGGGAAGUGCUCGCCCGCGAUCGUCCAACCUGGAGGAGGACAGUGAAGACGGGCGCUGCGAUCUACGAAGCCAACCGCAUCACCGCCGCCAAUACGAAACGCGAAGCCCGCAAAUCCCAACUGCGCCCAGUCAGUAACGCCGCCGCACAACCUCUUCCAACGUGUCCGCGAUGUCAGCAGACAUUCUGGGCUCGAAUCGGCCUUGUUGGACAUCUUCGGAUCAACUGUAACUCUCGAACUGCACCAAACUUCAUCCCCCCGCCCGCCUCAUCCUCGUCCUCUCUGCCGCCAACUUACUCUGGCAAUCUUCUGCAUCACCACUGCUUAACGGCGGCCGCUCAGGCAGCCGUCUCGCACAUCAACAACCGCGACACAACAACCGGCACCACCCCCGCCUCUCCCGACUCCACCUAUGAGAAUCAGGACUACACCUGCCCUCACUGCGAUCGCACCUUCACUUCCCGCAUCGGCCUGGUCGGUCAGUUGCGAAUUCAUCGCACAGAGACUGGCAAACCAGUGCCUGUCGCACCAACCUACACCCACCAAGCUCGACUCAACUGCCCACACUGCCCUCGCACUUUCGGGCACCGCAUGGGCCAAUUCGGCCACAUGCUCAUCCACGACGACCUGCGGUAG